AUGUUUCCAUCACUCAUCGUCUCAUCGCUGGCCAUCCUUUUUGCUGUACCAACGGUCAGUGCAAAGGAUGUGCAUUUCGACUGGAAUAUUACGUGGACGACUGCAAAUCCCGAUGGGUUACAAGCGCGUCCUGUAAUCGGCAUCAAUAACCAAUGGCCUCUCCCAGUCAUCAACGUCACAAAAGGCGAUAGAAUCAUCGCAAAGGUGACGAAUCAAUUGGGGAACCAGUCUACAUCCAUCCACUGGCAUGGAAUGUAUCAGAAUGGAACGAAUUUCAUGGAUGGACCUGCUAUGGUGACACAAUGCAAUAUCCCUACCGGCGCUUCUAUCACAUACAACUUUACGGCCGAUCAAGUUGGCACUUACUGGUAUCACUCUCACACAAGAUCUCAAUACCCCGAUGGUCUACGCCAAGCCCUCAUCAUCCAAGAUCCCAAGAAUCCAUAUGAGGGCGAGUAUCACGAAGAGCGCGUCAUCACACUCUCAGAUUGGUAUCACGACGAAAUGCCUAUUCUCAUGAAACAGUUCAUCUCCUACAAGAACCCCACCGGCGCAGAACCCGUUCCUAACUCAGCACUCAUGAAUGACACGCAGAACAUGACUCUCCCAGUCGAACCUGGCAAAACUUAUCUUCUUCGCUUGGUUAACGUCGGUGCUUUUGCGUCUCAGUACUUCUGGAUUGAGGGGCAUACCAUGAAGAUCGUUGAAGUCGAUGGCGUCUGGACGAAGCCUGCUGAGACGGACAUGAUUUACAUUGCUAGUGCUCAACGGUAUGCUGUUUUGGUUACGAUGAAGAAUGAGACCGGGGCGAAUUACCCAAUGAUGGCCAGUAUGGAUACGACUCUGUUUGAUACCAUUCCUGAUGGUCUGAACUGGAACGUCACAGGCUGGAUUGAGUACGAUUCCGACAAGAAGCUUUCCCCAGCUGCUGUCUUGAACGACUUUGAGCCGUACGAUGACUUCAAGCUCGUUCCCACAGACGGCGAGAAGUUGUUAGAAAAGGCCGAUCACACUAUCAGCUUGGAUCUCACGAUGAAUAACCUUGGCGACGGCGCAAACUACGCCUUCUUCAACGACAUCUCCUACGUGUCCCCCAAGGUCCCAACAUUAUACACCGUCCUCUCCGCAGGCGAAAACGCAACUAACCCAACCGUUUAUGGAACCGACACACAUUCCUUCGUCCUCAAGCACGGCGAGAUUGUGGAAAUCGUUCUCAACAACGACGACUCUGGACGACAUCCCUUCCAUCUUCACGGUCAAAACUUCCAGGUCGUUCACCGUAGUGAAGAAAAUGCCGGCCAUUACAACGCAUCGUGGACGAAUAUCACUUACCCAUCUGUCCCGAUGCGAAGAGAUACGCUGCUAGUGUAUCCACAGGGAAACUUUGUCAUUCGCUUCCCAGCUACUAACCCAGGUGUCUGGCUGUUCCACUGCCAUAUCGAGUGGCAUAUGGAUACUGGUUUGAUGGCAACGAUGAUCUCGUCACCGCUUGAGAUGCAGAAGACUUUGACGAUUCCAGAGGAUUUCAAGAAGAUUUGUGCGGAUCAAGGGAUUUCGACUGUUGGUAAUGCUGCUGGUAACACUGAGGACUAUCUGGACUUGACCGGGCAGAAUUUGAUGGUGCCUCCUCUGCCAGCUGGGUUCACUACGAAAGGUUAUGUCGCUAUGGUGUUUAGCUGCGUGGCGGGCGUCCUCGGUCUAGCCUCUAUUACUCUGUAUGGCUCUGCACCUAUUGCAGCCAAGUAA